UAUCUAUUCUUCUAACUAUGGAUAACUAACCUGCCUUUACAUCCAGACUGCUAAACAUGAAACAUCUCAGGAGUCCUCAGUUUGUGAUGGUGAUACUGAAGUGCGCAGUGAUCUUAUUUCCUGCAAUCCUGCAGGGUUUCACAGAGUCCAGAUGUGUUGGCCGUGCUUGCAGUCCUCCUAUGGGUAACUUGGCCAGUGGCAGGACCCUUUUCACGCUGACUAGCUGCUGCACUAAUAGCUCUUCCUGCCUGCCAACCCAGCCACGCUGUCUAGCAGAGCUCCAUCCUCCUGCCCUCAUGGCUGAUGACCCGUUUAUUCAUCCAGAUACCUGGUGGGGCUCAGCGGCGGCCACUGGAGAACAGGAAGAAAUCCGUCUUGAUUUGGAGACACGGUUCUGCAUGAGUCACGUUGUGAUGUUGUUCCGUUCCCCACGUCCUGCUGCUAUGAGGUUGGAACGCUCGCAGGACUUUGGUCAGACCUGGGAGACUCUAAAGCUGUUUGCCAGGAACUGCACUGAGAUGUUCGGGCUUCCUGAUGAUGUAAGUCAACCAGGAUCUCUCUGCACUUCCAGAUAUUCCAAUGCGGUCCCGUGCAGCCGAGGAGAGAUCAUAUUCCGCUCCAUAGGAUUGGGAAGUGGGAUUGUUGAUCCCUACAGUCCUGAGGCGUUGUCCCGACUGACAGUGACUAACCUACGAAUACAGCUAUUAAAAUCUCAACAGUGUCCCAUCUUGAAAGGAAAGUGGAGUGUCCCGGAUCAGUCAAACCUGCCAUUUUUACCCACAAUUCACAGCAGGUCACUGACUGCUCUGACGCCAAGUUCUGAUCCUCUGGAUUCAACCUCAUUUGCUGUGUACUCUCUUCUGGCUAAAGGGACGUGUUUGUGUCAUGGCCAUGCUGAACAUUGCCUUCCUGAAAAUGUAGGACAAGACAGCCUGCAACCCAGUAAUGUGGUGUCUGGCAAGUGUGUGUGUACCCACCACACAGCUGGCGAGCACUGCGAGAGGUGUGCCCCGCUCUACAACGACCAGCCCUGGAGAGCGGCCAACGGAAGCAGCGGGGAGAGCAACCCAUGCCAGAAUUGUGAAUGUCACGGCCACGCAGAGAGCUGCCACUUCUCCCAGCGAGUGUGGCUGUCCACAGGGGGCAGUAGCGGGGGCGUCUGCGACAACUGCCAGCAUAACACUGUGGGCCGCCGGUGCCAGCGCUGUCACACCGGAUACCACCGCCACCCUGCCAGACCCCUCAACUCCCCGCAUGCUUGCAUACGAUGCUGGUGUGACCCAGUUGGUUCGGUGCUAGUCCAUUCCGGUGACGGGACACCAUGGUGCCAUCCGAGAAGUGGACAGUGCCACUGUAAACCUGGUGUGGGCGGCACCACCUGCAGCCUCUGUCUAGCAGGGUACUGGGGUUUUGGAGAGGAGGGUUGCAAAUCUUGUGUGUGCUCUUUGACCUGUGAUCCCAUCACAGGCCAUUGCCUAGACAGCAAAGGUAGUGUCAAGCUUUACAAUGUACCAAUCGGUGGGAAAAUUCCUGAACUGUCCCACUUUAAACCUCAAGAGGACGAGAGGGCGUGGCCUAAAGAACUGGCCAUCUCUGCGCUGUACUAUACAGGGAAGUGCAGCUGUAAGGAAAAGAAGCUGAAAAGUGUGUCAGAUCUUUGCAAGAUAAAACAGGCAUAUGUGAUCAAAGCCAGUGUGCUGUCAGCUCAUGAUAAAGGCACACAUGCAGUUGUCCUGGUGAAAGUAAGGAAGGUGUUUCGUUCGGGAAAACUGCCCCUCUCUCAGGGAACACACAGUCUCUACCCGCUCUCCUGGACCAGCCGUGGCUGCACCUGUCCCAUUCUCAACCCAGGUGGGAACUAUCUACUAGCAGGUCCUGAAGAUGUUGGCGCAGGACGGCUACUGGUCACCAUGCAGAGUCUAGUAGUCCUCUGGACCCCCAUCCUGGGCUUUCAGGUCACAGAAGCACUGCAUCAGGGCUGCCUAUGAGCACGACUUUACCCAAAUGUACAGUAUCACAACACUUCCCAAACUUGAAAGCCCCAAGUCACUGGAAAUGAUGCCAUUGUACCAAAGCAGGCAGCUGGAUCCUAAAUGGACCAUGACCGCCGGAUACAACGGAAAUGGAAUGUGUGUAAUUAUAGGCCAUAAGGUGAACUAGGAAAAAGUGGCUAGAAAGUGAUUUUCGUUCCCACGCCUGGGCACUACUUUUUAAAUGCAUUUUUGCAUAGACAACACCAUAUUGGACUUUAUGUUAAAAGUUCUCCGCAAAAUAUCCUGCAGUUUUUUGUCACGAUCCAUAAAUGUGUAUAAUUGUGAAUUUAAAAAAACGAAAAUCUUAUGCUGCUGGUUUUGCUUAUAACUUUAUUUAUAUUCAUUUUAGCAACACAAAAU